GACUUUAACGAGAUUUGUUCCAAUAACACAAACAGGCGGACUUUUUUGAUCUUGUUUCUCUCAUUUUCCACGUUCAUCUCGUUUGUCAUUCAUGAUACAGUAGUAGUGAUGCUUGUUUUUGGCCCUUAGCUGUUCUCACGCAUAUAUAUACACACAUAUAUAUAUAUAGGCAGGGAGUGAACGAGUGACACUGUGCAUACAGCAUAAAGCAGUGAUGAAGGAGGAAGGCUGAAGAUGAGCGAAAAUGAAGCCACAACUUUGACGACUUCAGAUCACCCAACUUCAGACAAUGCAGAUUCAGAUUACACAGCUUCAAGCCAAGCAACUUCGAGUCGUCAUGCUUCAGGACAGGCAACUUCGGACCACCUGGUUUCAAGCCAGACAACUUUAAGCCAUCCUGCUUCAGGCCAGGCAACUUUAAACCAUCCUGCUUCAGGCCAGGCAACUUCAAGCCAUCCUGCUUCAGGCCAGGCAACUUUAAACCAUCCUGCUUCAGGCCAGGCAACUUUAAACCAUCCUGCUUCAGGCCAGGCAACUUUAAACCAUCCUGCUUCAGGCCAGGCAACUUUAAACCAUCCUGCUUCAGGCCAGGCAACUUUAAACCAUCCUGCUUCAGGCCAGGCAACUUUAAACCAUCCUGCUUCAGGCCAGGCAACUUCAAGCCAUCUCGCUUCAGGCCAGGCAACUUCAAACAAUCCUGCUUCAGGCCAGGCAACUUCAAGCAAUCCUACUUCAGGCCAGGUAACUUCAAACCAUCCAACUUCGGGCAACUUAACUUCAAACCCCUCAGUUUUAAACCAUCCAACAACUUCAAACCUCUCAGAUAUUGAUGAUCAUCUUACUGGUGAUAAUGAUGAUGAUGAAGAUUAUGUUCCUGGUAACGAGAAUGAUUAUGAUGAGGGGCCAAAUACACCACAGUUAUAUGUUGAAACGGCUGAAUCUUCAGAUUCAAAUGCUGAACAGGAGUUAUUUGUGGCUUCCAGGACGUCAAUUGUACAUAUAAAUGUUGAUUCUUCUGGAGAAACCAGUGAUUCUAACCAGCCUGAUAACGAGGUGACAACAGAACCAGCCGAAGUCAUCGUCAUCGCAGGAGAUGACGAGAAUAAUUCCAACAACAACAACCAUGGUCCAAGAGCAGAAAAUGUACUGCCACAACGAAAUAGUACGCCACCACCAUCUUCAGCUUCUGACACUGAUUUUCGGUCACCUAAGCGGCGCCGAAUUGAAUCUCCAGCAAAACCAGAUCACCACAAAGAAGGUGAUUCACAAGAUGAUGAAACUUGCUCCAUUUGUUUCGAACCUUGGACAACCUCUGGUAAUCAUAGGCCAGCUUCCCUUAAAUGUGGUCACCUGUUUGGUCAAAGCUGCAUUGAAAAGUGGUUAAGAGGUCAAGGAGAUAAAUGUCCCCAUUGUAACUGUAAAGCCAAAAGAAGUGACAUACGAGUCGUAUUUUCCAGAAAUAUCCGGGCUGUGGACACUAUUGAACGUGAUAGAGCUUUACAGGAACUUGCUCAAAGCAAGCAAAGAAAUGCUGAAUUGAAAAUGGAAUUAGCUGAACUCGGUCGCAAAUAUCAACUGAAUUGUUCCAAGCUACAAAGUGAACUUCAAGAGGCCCAAAAUGAAAUUAAAUUUCUCAGGAGUCGGUUGAUGGGAAGCAGCACUGGCGCAACUUCUGAUGUUUCACUCUCUCAGGAAAAUUCUGUAAAUAAAAGCCAAGAAGCAAACAGAAAUGGACAAUAUAGAUGUAUUAAAACAAUUUUGAUUUGGGAGGGUGGGAACUGCCGUGUGAUGGCUUACAGUCCUUUUCUGGGUGUCCUGGUUGUAUCACAGCCCUCAAGUAUUCCAUUGUUCCAGGGCUUUGGUGUGAGAAAAAUUAGUACGGUGGAUUUUCGGACGACUGAAUAUAUCCCACUUCAUUCUAAACUUAUCCGUUCCAUGAGUUUCCAUCCAACCUAUUCCGAUGGUUUACUGCUUAGUUGUGCUAUGGAUAAAAAAAUCAAAUUAACCAGUUUAAUUAGCAACACAGUUGUUCAACAGUACGAGGUCCCACUUCCUGCUUGGAGUUGUGUCUGGAACACAGAUGACCAUAACUACUUCUUUGCUGGCAUUCAGAAUGGUUUAGUGUUGGAAUAUGAUGUCCGUAAGACUGAUACAUUUAUUCAACAAAUAAACACCGAGGGGAGUCGGUCACCUGUUGUUUCUCUACAGUAUAUUCCUGCUGCACCUUUUGCUCACUUCAGAGCUGGUGGACUGUUGGUUGGUCAGUUAGAUCGAAUCAGCUUUUAUGAGAGAAAACCUAACAAUAAAUAUGAAGUUCAUCUUCUUCCUUUGGAAGGUAACCUCACAAGUUUAUUUUUUGAAACUCACACAAGACAGUUAUUGGCAAGUUUUAGGAAUUCUACCAAAUUUCCCAAGGUCCGGCAUUUGGUAUGUGAAAUGACAGCAUCUGUUUCUGAUGACCACAAUAUUUGUAGCUGUAAUGUUGUCCAGACAUUUCACGGUAGCUCUCCACAGACGUUACUCUCCCGAACAUCGCUGAUUCAACAUCCCAUUGACAAAAAUCAACUAUUGAUAUGUGCCAGUGAAGAAUUAGCGUGUGCGAUUAAUAUUUGGGAUGGAAAAACCUUUCAAUAUGUCCAAAAGUUGUCUUGUGGAUCCCCUGUUCUUGAUAUUUGCUCCAUCUCCACAAAAGACAAUCAUUAUCUCCUAGCUUUAACCGAAAAACAAGUGAAACUUCACAAAUGGUCUGAAUCAUAAAUUCCUUGGACACGAACGUCACUACUUAUGGAGAGAGAGAGACUAUCAAAUGUGAAUUUGAAGUGAAACAGUCUUCUGCGAAGUUAUUUCUCAUUCCGUAUUUCAUUGAGGACAUUGUUAUAGCUCGUGGUUGAAGUGGACACUUUUAAAAUUUAAUUUUGUAUUAAAAUUAUUUUUUAAAGAAACAA